AAAUAGAAUUAUGGAAACUGUUAGGCAACGUCAACAGAGGCACCAAAGUGAUGCUGCAGCUCAUCGCCAACAGUACACCAAUAAUCCUCAGCUGCACAAAUUCGCCCUUAAAUUUUCUGAAGAUAUGGAUUUACCUACAGAAAGUUCAAGAAUAUGCUGUUCCAAUGGAAAGGUAGUAUUGAUGGAACCUACUAUUUCACCACUUUUACACCAUCUCUUUACCAGUCAGAAUGAUAUUGCAAAGGAUUUUCAUAACAAAAUUCAUUUUUACAAUUCGGCAUUUACCUUUGCUUUCGUUGGUGUCAGGUUCAAUCACGAGCUCACUAAUGCAAAGAACAGCAUCUAUACUUUUCGUGUUCAAGGUUCAUUUUAUCACCAGAUUGACAUAAAAGCCAUACUUGAUGAAGUAAACUCCUAUUCUAUUAACCUUCAAUACAUUUCUAAUUUUCCUGAAGAAGAUAUCAAAAAUCUAUCAAUGCUUAUUCAUACAAACAUUCCUGGACUUAACCAAAGGACCCAUAAUGUCCCAACGGCUCCUCAGGUAGCGGCAAUCUGGAUCAAUGAUGAUGUGCCUCCCG